GAUCUGUCAUUUCUAGAAAAUUCGGGAAACGAGCACGCGCGAUUUCAUUGAAAGAGUGCAAGUUUGCGAUUACUUACGACCUACCGGCGACUGAAUCUACCGAAUUUAGUUUUAUUCUAUUGUGCUUUUCACGUUUCUUAACGUGUUACAAUUUUCGUUUGUGUUUAUAGUUAUUCGAGUCUCCAUUUGAAAAAAAUAUUUAUUAGCAACGAUGGCUGCUAUGUCUGUCAUCGGUAUUGAUUUCGGUAAUGAAUCGUGUUAUAUUGCUGUGGCGAAAGCAGGUGGCAUCGAAACAAUAGCCAACGAUUACAGUCUUCGCGGUACACCAUCAUGUGUAGCAUUCUCUGCCAAGAACCGCAUCCUGGGUGUGGCGGCCAAGAACCAGAUUGUGACCAACUUGAAGAACACCGUGUUUGGUUUCAAGAGGCUACUCGGCAGAAAGUUCAAUGACCCAUAUGUCCAGAAGGAACUGAAGCACUUCCCAUUCAAAGUGGAGCAGCGAGGUGAUGGCGGCAUCGGCAUCCGUGUUAACUACCUAGAAGAGGACAAUGUCUUCACGCCGGAACAGAUAACCGCAAUGCUGUUCACAAAGCUGAAGGACAGUGCAACAGUGGCCCUGCAGACUCAGGUCAAUGACUGCGUCAUAUCUGUCCCGAGCUACUUCACCAAUGCAGAACGUAAUGCUCUUCUGGACUCGGCUGCCAUUGCUGGCCUGAACGUGCUCCGGCUGAUGAACGAGACGACGGCGACGGCGCUGGCGUACGGCAUCUACAAGCAGGACCUGCCCGCGCCCGAGGACAAGCCGCGCAACGUCGUGUUUGUCGACUUCGGACAGAGCGCGCUUCAGGUGUCGGCGUGUGCGUUCAACAAGGGCAAGCUGCGCGUGCUGGCCACGGCGGCGGACGCGCAGUGCGGCGGGAGAGACAUCGACCUGGCGCUGGCCGACCACUUCACCAGGGACUUCCAAGCCAGGUUGAAGCUGGACGCCAGCAAGAACCAGAGAGCGUUCCUGCGCCUCAUGCAGGAGGUGGAGAAGCUGAAGAAGCAGAUGUCGGCCAACAGCACGCGGCUGCCGCUCAACAUCGAGUGCUUCAUGGAGGAGCGCGACGUGUCGGGCGAGCUGCAGCGGUCGCAGAUGGAGGAGAUCUGCGCCGACACCUUCACGCGCGUGGAGCGCACGCUGCGCGCGCUGCUGCCCAACGCCAAGCUGCGUCCCGAGGACAUCAGCGCCGUGGAGAUCGUGGGCGGCUCCACGCGCAUCCCCGCGGUCAAGACGCUCAUCGAGCAGGUCUUCGGCAAGACCGCCUCCACCACGCUCAACCAGGACGAGGCGGUGGCGCGCGGGUGCGCGCUGCAGUGCGCCAUGCUGAGCCCCGCCGUGCGCGUGCGAGACUUCAGCGUCACGGACACGCAGCCCUACGCCGUGCGCCUGGCGUGGGACGCGGCGCACGGAGAGCACACGGACAUGGAGGUGUUCCCGGCGUACCACGCGGCGCCGUUCUCCAAGAUGCUGACGUUCUACCGCAAGGAGCCCUUCUCCGUGCGCGCCUACUACGCCGACCCGGUGCCCUACCCCGACACCUUCAUCGGUGAAUGGCACAUCAAAGACGUGACGCCGACACCCGAGGGAGAAUCGCAGAAAGUGAAACUGAAAGUGCGCGUAAACAUUCACGGCAUCAUAUCUGUAGCCUCCGCGUCAUUGGUCGAGAAGAAAGCUGACGCGGCCAAUGAGAACGUCGAAAUGGAGAACUCUAGCGAACAGCCGGCCAAUGAGGAGGCCCCGAUGGAAACGAACGGCCAAGAGCAGAAUGGGGGAGAGAAUACAGAGGUGAGAGAGGGGCAAGGCGACGCCGAGGAGAAACCGUCGUGGACACAGAAAGUAGGGUCCUGGUUCAUCGGGGAGGGCGAUGACAAAAAGGACAAGAAGGACAAGAGCAAGAAGGUGCUGGUGAAGACGGUGGAGCUGCCCAUCGAGGCGCGCACGCACGGCGCGGCCGCCCGCGACCUGGACAACUACACCGAGCAGGAGGGCAAGAUGCAGGCGACGGACCGGCAGGAGAAGGAGCGCGCGGACGCCCGCAACGCGCUGGAGGAGUACGUGUACGAGCUGCGCGGAGCCCUCGCGCCGGGGGGGGGGCUGCACGAGCACUGCGCGCCCCCCGCCCGCGCGCGCCUCGCCGCCGAGCUGGAGGCGCUCGAGACCUGGCUGUACGACGACGGCGAGCACCAGCCGCGCCAGGUGUACAGCGACAAGCUGGCGGCGCUGCGCGCGGAGGGCGAGCCCAUCAAGCAGCGACGCCUCGAGCACGCGCUGCGGCCCGGCGCGCUGGACGACUACUCGCUGGCCAUACAGCGCGCCAGCAAGGCCCUCGACCUGUACAAAGCGGGUGACGAUAAAUACGCCCACUUGACGGCGGAGGAGGCGUCGCGCGCGGCGGCGGCGGCGGCGGCGGCGCGCGAGUGGCUGGAGCGCGCGCGCGGCACGCUGGCCGCCGCGCCCAAGCACGCGCCGCCCGAGAUCACCGUCAUGCAGAUCAAGACCGAGCGACAGAACUUUGAGAACACCGUGAACCCGAUCCUCAACAAGCCAAAGCCUAAAGAGAAGACCCCCCCUCCCGCGGCCGACCCCCCCGCGGAGGGCGCGCCCGCGCCGGCGCCCGCCGAGAACAUGGACGUGGAGUAGACCCCCCGCCAGCUCCCGGUGCUUUCAGAGUGCAGCCUCUUCUCACGGACUGUCGCUUACUAUUUGAUAAGUCAUUUACAGCCGCGGGUUUACAGUCCCAAUUUUGAUUUGUGUUCGUGCGAUUGAUGCGAAUUUGUUCUAGAGACUUGUAAUUUUCAUUUUAAUGAUCUACUUCCAUAACAAAUGAACUAUCAUUCGACUUUUUGUAUAAAUGAGCUGCGGCCGAUACAUGAGUUCGUUAUCGACGUCGUUAAACUUGUUUAAUACGAUUUGUACUAAUCGUAUUUAUGGUGAAUCGCGAUAUAGUGACGUUUGUCCACGUCGAAAUCGAACCCAUGUAGCAACAGCUAUACCUACUUUCAGUUUUAUUAGGUUUUUUGCAACGCUGCACGCUGAAAACACUCCUCGCACCACCCUCCACUGUAGAUCCACUGUAGACCUCAAACUUUACAGUACAGAGCCUUCAUACCAUUACUUAUCUGCUUUAUUGUGAUAAGUAUUGACUUCACUCUUGACUGACUAGUACGUUUAAAGUAUACAUUUUCAUGUAUAAUUUUCGUCAGCUUCUUGUUUUAUUUGGCCAUGUUUGAGGUCGGAACUUAACGGAUCAUAUUUGUGCAAUGUGCAAUACAGCUUGUCCGGUAUGAGUGAUCUACUAAACGAUAGGAGGAAUGUGUUGUGUGCACAUUAUACACAGUAUAUAAUUUAUGAUAUACUUAUGUAGUUUAAUUUAUACACACUCGCCUGGCUCGAGUCCCGUUUGUUUCGAAUUCCACUGUGGACAUUUUGUAUUUACAUUAAAGAAAAAUAUUAGUUAUGAUGUGAUUGAUAGACAAAUUAUUGUAAUAAUUAAUUCAUUGCAAAUGUUUGGAGGCCCGUUUUUUAUUUAACGAACCGUGGAGAGAUAGUAAUUUAUUGUUUAAGAGGCUUGCAGAUAGCUUUUUGACAUUGUAAUUUUGUUGGUCCUUACUAUAAUACUCUAUCAUCUCUUUGCGGUCCGUCUGUACUUAGUUUUUAACUAUGCAUUUUAUUUUAAUAAUUCUAAUAUGAUGGCAGGUGCUGCCGGUGUUAUAAAUUGCCACUGAAUGAGCAAUUUGGGAAGAUUCUGGGCAAUUUAGCACUUUUCAUUUUUACUCGAAUCGCACAUAAACAUUCCAAUUACUAAACCAUUGAAAGAAGUAGUUAAAAUUUCACAAUACAAAUACCUAAAAUAAUAGUUUUCCAAUAUAUGUACGUUUCACUUCUGUACUUACACUUUAGUGUGGCUGUGGCCAAUGUUGCUCAUUCAGUGUAGAACUUAAUGCAUCUUACUCUAAAAAUAAUAUCACCGUUUAACCUGAGUGAUAUGACAUUGCAUUGUAUACGUAGCUACGACCAGUAUAGUUCUCAAAAUUGAAUCAAAUUAUGCAACAUAUUAUGUUUAAAAAAGUUUUUAUUUAAACAAUCUCUUUUUGAUUUCUAAUAGUAUUAACGCCUAAACUUGAAUUCCACCAUCGCACAGGUCUCCGGGCCUAUGUUGUAUAUUUUACAAAUAAAUGGUUCAACCAUUACUGUGUUAUUUGUGCAUUUUAAAUGUUAAAGCUUAGUAAAAUAAUAAUAUUUAACAAAU